AUGAUUGCUGAACGGGAAAAAGGCUGGCUUCUGGUGGUACCUGACGAUGACUCUUUGGGUCCGGCUGUAAUAACACUAUUUCUCGACGAGUGCCCAUUGCCUUCAAAGGACACUGUUCAUCGACUAUUAUGCUCCCUCCGCCUUGAUCUUGCGGCUUCUGCGUCGUCGACACGCAAGCGUAGUUGGCAUCGAAACACAUGCAUAGUAUUAGGAUCUCUGGCGGAGAAACUCGCUGGUAGCAGCAGUGUGGCUAUGUGCAAUCCUACAACCUUGAAUUAUUUGAUAUCCCGAAUAUUGCCUCCAUUUACCCAAGCACGGGUGGUUCUGUUCGCUCUUUUGGCACUAGAAAAAUUCGCCCAAACUAGCGAAAAUCAGUUCAUGAUAUCGCGUACACUGGAGGAGUCUGCGACACAUCCACUCAAGCAACUGGAAGAAUGGCGACAUUGCACGACGAAUGCAAUGAAACGACAAGUGGGAUUCUGUGCGACAUGGGCACUUGAUAACAUCUUUAUAACUCCUAACCGAACUUAUGCAUAUGAAACUACUGAUGUGUCGAAAAUAAAUGCUAUGCUCACCACGAAGACGUCAGCUCGUUGCGACGUAUCUUCGUUUGAGUCAGUUAGAUGUACAUUCGCCGUGCAAGAUGGCGUGUGGUUCUAUGAGGCUACUGUAUUCACUCCCGGUGUUAUGCAGAUUGGAUUCGCCACCAAAAGGAGUCGUUUUUUGAACCACGAGGGCUACGGAAUCGGCGACGAUGAAUCAUCUGUAGCCUACGAUGGUUGUCGACAAUUAUUAUGGCAUAAUGCUCACUCUAGUCGACACGAACAUGAGCCAUGGUGCCCAGGAGACGUUGUUGGCUGUCUGUUGAAUAUACCGAUGGGAACCGUAAUGUUUUAUCUGAAUGGUCGACCGUUACAAAGGCCUCACCUUGAAUUUCUCAGAAAUCGACCGGCCGGAGAUGGAGUUUUUGCUGCUGCCUCGUUUAUGUCAUUUCAACAGUGUCGCUUUAAUUUCGGUGCAGAACCGUUCCAAUAUCCACCUGAUCUUACGUUCAGCACUUUUAAUGACGGUGGAGCAACACUCACAGCGGAACAGAAGACUAUCCUUCCUCGGCGUAGACGAUUGGAACUUCUACAAAAGGAGCCCAUACCUGAAGAUUACUGCACCAUAUGCUAUGCUCAUCCAGGCGACACUGUUUUGGAACCUUGCAUGCACGGUGGAAUCUGCAAUGGUUGUUCUGUCCAGAUGGAUCACUGUCCGUUAUGUCGACAACCCAUCGAAAACCGUCUUCAUGUCAGUGAUGCACCGCCAGCUGUCAUUCGUAAGGUGUCCUCGUCUCACCUACUCCCCUCCCGUCGCAUUUCAGCGGGACAACCUCUUUUCUCUCCAGCUCAGAGAAUCACUACGGAAUUGUGA